AUGAAGUCUAAAGGUGGCAUUAUUGGAAUUUGUACAAGCUUUUAUUUGACUGAACACGAGCUAUAUAAAGAAGGAAGGAUGGAAAUCAUAAUUGUGGAAUCGAAUGAGGUGGCAUCCGGAUCAUCUUCGAUUCCAUCUGCUUUAAUUACUUCUCAAUGGCAAAACGAAGCUCUCCAUCCUCUAACGGAAGCUUCUGUCAGGUUGCAUCAACGGCUGAAUGACCUAUAUGACGGUAAAAACAAAUGGGAAUUCCGUUACGUAGAGCCUUGGCUAAUGAAUUUUACAAAAUUCAAUGACCAUGUCUCAAAAUUACCGGAACAGUUUGAUUAUUUUAGUGAUGAACACCUUCAAAAAUGUAAUGAGCGAGGAGUCCAGAUUAUUUAUGGAAAAGUAACCGAUGUAAAAAACAAUAGCGUACAUUAUGUACCUAAAGGGUACGAUACACGCGAUACCAUUAUACUGGAUGCCGAUAAAGUUUGUGUGAGCGCAGGUGCUUGGACUGGUUAUAUUCUUCCUUAUUCCGGAAUAGGAUGUUUAUUUGCUCAGUCGCUUCUGUUAGACUUGGAAGGUUGUGAAUCUAAAGAGUAUGUAACCAUCUGCAAUGUGAAUCUACAGAACCCAGAGUUCCAAGAAAGAAGCGUAGAAGUGCAUUUUCUUCCAAAUAACAAAGCAUUCAUUACAGGAUCCACUUUAUUCAUUCCACUGCCCAAAGGCAAUGAGGCUAUUCAAAUCAAUUCUCAGCAUCUAAUGGAUUUAAAAGAAACAUUUGAUCUGCUACUAGCAGAGAAGGUAAAGUCGGAAGUAAUUGAUUGCACUUGUGCUUUUCUCCCGAAAAACAGAGUAACUGGGAUUCCUAUUUUAACGACUUCACGCUCUGGAAUUUAUAUCGCCGCUGGACAUGCAAGCUGGGGCAUAACCCAAGGACCUGCCACUGGUCUUUGGAUGGCAGAAUUGAUUUUGGAGGGAACAAUUAAAAGUAUAGAAAUUGACGAUUAA